AUGAAAAUGUUAAGUGCACAGAUAUUUUUGUCACGUAAACAAUUACCUUUUUCCCUGUUUAGCUUAAUUUUCAAACGUGGACAAUAUUAACGCGCGCAUUGUUGCAUGCGAGCUCCAUAUCAGUUGUUGCUCAAUUCUUCAUAGCACCGAGCAUUGUUUACGUGUGAACUGAUUAUCUACAAAGCUGUCGCGUGAAAAACAGAACAAAAACGCCGAUGGAGCUCAAGGGAGCUCGAGACAAAAAGAGUUCACGUGACUUUCGAAAUUGACCGUCGAACAACACGUUCGAGAAAUAAAUAAAAAUUCGAGGGAUGGAGGAAUCGUUGAGAAAAUCGAGAAGAAUGCCCAGCAACACGGAAGAACUACUUCCGCUUAUCCCGCGACCGAAGAAAAAAUGGAUCCCGGCGCGCGUGCUGAUCUGCGUGAUGAUGUUCACGGCCUGCUGGACGAACUACAUGUGCCGGCUGCAGAUGCCUAUCCUGGCGGUGCCGAUGAUCAAGGCCACGGGCGGCAACGCGAGCGAAGGCGUGUGCAAGCAGACCGAGGACUCGCGCUUCCGGCGCGCGGUCUCCUGGCUGGACCCAGGCCUAGAGCUCGAAGACUACAUUCUAUCUAGGCGCGCCGAAGAAAUGGCGGGCGGCGCUCGUUUCGCGCGCGACGCCGACGAGGACGCCCGUCCGUCCGACGGGCCGAUCGAGCUGUUGAACGGGAAGCCGUUCGACUGGAAGCCGGAAGUCCGGGGCCAGCUGAUCGCCGCGUACAGCUACGGCAACGUUCCCGGGAACUUCCUGGGCGGACUGAUGGCGGUCCGAUGGGGGCCGAAGGCGGCCAUACUGUGGACCUCCAUCGUCGCUGCCGUCGUGUCGCUGUUCAGCCCGUUCUUCGCGCAGAUGCACUGGAUCGUGCUGCUGCUGUCGAGGGUGGUGAUAGGCCUGACGGGCGGCGUGACGUUCCCGGCCUGCCACAGUCUGGUCGCGCAGUGGGCCCCGCCCGACGAGAAGUCGAGGUUCGUCUGGUCGCUGCUCGGCGGCACUUUCGGCACCAUCCUCACCUACCCCAUGGUGGCGAUGAUCGCGGAGAACCUCAAGUGGGAGAACGGCUGGUACAUCCCGUCGUUGCUGAUGUUCGUCUGGAUCGUGUUCUGGGCGGUGCUGACCUACGACUCGCCCGCGGAGCACCCUGGCAUCAGCGACGAGGAGAAGGAGCACAUUCUGCAGGCGCAAGCGGGGACCGUCAGGGCGAAGAAGCCGUCGCUGAAGGAGACGCCGAUAAAGGCUAUCCUGACGUCGGUGCCGUUCCUCAGCUUGGUCUGCUGCCACUUCGGCAACCUGUUCCUCCUGUUCUUCUACCAGAACUCGAUGAUGUUGUACCUGACGAAAGCUUUGGGAUUCCAACUGUCGAAGGGAGGCAUCGCGGCCAGCUUGCCGUGGGCUGGCAGACUGCUCCUCGGCUUCUUCUUCAGCUGGGCCGGGGACGUGAUUAAGCGCAAGGAAAUCGUCAGUCUCACCGUUCUUCGGAAAGGCGCUACCGUAUUUUCUCACUUCGUGCCUGGUAUCUUCUUAAUUCUGGUCGGGUACGUCGGCUGCCGAUUCGUUCUGGCGAACGUGUUCUUGGUGUUAGCGUUGGGGUUCAACGGAGCGGCCGCCAUAUCGAACCUGUCCAAUAACCAGGACCUCUCCCCAAACUUCGCGGGCUUCAUCUACGGACUGAUGAACACGAUCGGCAGCAUGUCCGGUAUGAUUAUCUCACCGCUGGUCGAGGAGAUCGCUGGAAAGUACGGAAAUCCCAUCGAGAAGUGGCAGAUACUGUUCUGGAUCGGCGCAGGCGUGUGCAUCCUGUGCAUGGUGAUCUUCAUCAUCGGCGGCAGCGGGAACAUUCAGAGCUGGAACGAGGUUCGUUCCGAGGAGGACGCGGAACGAGGUCGGACGAAUUAGCUAUUUCAAAAGCGCCGCGCGUCUUGACCAUUACGUUAGGAGCACUUUCGUGAAACCGAGAGCCGACUUAGGGAGAGACGCUGGGCCUAGGCGACCGUGAUUCGAUGCCGUCGGACUUUCACCCGUGCCGAAACGGUGGCCGAGUUCUCGACGGAAUAUUUUAGUGAACCCUCGACGAGAACAGAGAACGCCGCUAGUGUACAUGUGUUUUCUUUUAGGAAUCCGUCGAUACGUUACGCAAAUCUUUGAACAGAGAGCGUGAAAUUUAUAGUACAAUACGCGCGCGCAUUGAUCGUGCGGUUUCACGUGGCGCGACUCUCUAUACCAAAUGGAAUCAUUCGUUUUGUAAGUAAUGUAGAAUGUUUUAUAAUGUGAUUGACCAUUGAAUCGUUUCGUUAUUGAAUAAACUAUGUUUAAAGCGCA